UUUCCUGGGCGGAAGUAAUACCAUACAGAAAAAUCAUGGACAACUUGCGCACAAGGGCAGUUGUACGUGACUAUUCAACACGAUAGAGACCCGACCCAGCGGAGAUUUUGCGCCGCACAGGCAUUGGUUCUACUACAACAUCUCCGAUUGCAAGUGUUCGUCGCUUCCGAUCCCACUUCAUCCGUAGCAAAUCACUUUUCUCAGUCGGUCGGCGGCGUCAGAAUCCCACCAUCCCAUCCCGAAAGUCUCAUUCCCGACCGCCAGCCACAUCAGUCCUCUCUGGUCGUGCCACUAAACCGCUGCCGCCAUGGCGGACUCUGUUGAUCGGGUGUUUGUUCAUGCCCUCAACACAAUAAAAAAACUUCCCAAGACGGGGGCUGCCCGGCCACCGCCGGCGGACCGAAUGCGACUCUAUGGCCUUUACAAACAAGCAAUGGAAGGCGACGUCGAUGGGGUGAUGGAACGUCCUACCAUCGCAUCAGGGAUUGCUGCUGAAGAUCUUCAACGAGAGCAGGAUAAAUACGAUGCCUGGAAUAUGCAGAAGGGACUGAGCAGGACUGAGGCCAAAAGACGAUAUAUCGAGGCUCUGAUUGACACUAUGCACAGAUACGCCACUACGGAAAAUGCGUUAGAACUCGUCUCUGAGCUUGAGUUUGUUUGGAAUCAAAUAAAGGGCAAUUCGACGAGCUCAUCGGAGCCAUUAUCAACUGACAACAGUCCUCGGCGAUUCCAAAAGGCCGCGAGCGGCACGGACGGACCCCUUAAAGUACUAUACCCCAUGAGCGAAGACGAUGAGGCGGAACAUGAUUACCAAAGACGAAUGGCGGCUGCCGCGCUAGACGAAAACGAUGAUGAGGACGAGAUGUACGUCAAGAAGGGCGACAAGUGGUCUAAGAAAAUGGAACGGGCCAUAGUCCGCCUUUCGGCAGAGAUCGCAGCUCUUAGGGAACAGAUCGCCACCGGCAGGGAAUUCAGGUCAAGAAGGGAAAGAAGUAUCGGCGCAUGGAUAGGGUGGUUCCUGUGGCUCGUCACAAAACAUUUGGCUGCGGACAUGACUAUUCUCGGCAUUGUGCUUGUGUGGAUGCGCAGGAGAAAGGAUCGUCGACUCGAAGAUCAUGUUAGAUCUGCGCUCAGGAUUUUUCGAGAAUAUGUUAGAAAGGUCUUACCCUCACGAUGAGACUUAUUCUUCCAUACUUGAGGUCUUCUGGGCGUCAAAAGUCAUCAGACCACCCGGAACCUUUGUUCAAAGAGUGAGGCAACCCACUCAGACGUGAAUCACCUUAUGUGGACGAUAUCCGCAAAUGUAACUCAGAUCAUGCUCCCUACCCAAGGCUUACCCAAGUCCAUAACGGAAGUGGGUUUAUCAGGAGGCACAGUCCAUUGGUAAGCUCGCAAUGUCUCUCUGAAGGAUCAGGUGUGGAGACACUGGAUUUUGCCCUCGUUCUUAAAAGACGCAGUCUUUCGGGCAUGCUGUCUGACUUGCUUUGCUGAAGAUGGGUUUAUGUUGGUUAUCGAGAACAAUAUGGCACGAACCGCCUGGCAAGCCAGGGCAUAUCGCCAUAAUCUGAGAAAGGAGGUAGGGUAAACUAGCCAUAGGGCUGGAUGGAUAGUAGUCCUGAACGAUGAUACUGAUGAUGAUAACGAUAUGUAGAUAUAGUCUACCCCUGAGAGUCCCCGGAAGCUCUGGGAAUUCUCCGGAG